UUGAAAGCAGCAUUGAUAUUAGCAUGACCUUCCGGUGACGCAUGUUUACUAGCCUCGUGUGUCGUUCAGCAUUAACCCGCAUUCGUCUUUCAAGUUUUAUCAUACCAUUUAGCCUAAAAGGCGAAUUAUUUUAUUAUUUAAGCGCAAAAGAGAGUGGGCGGUCACUGGCACAAAAAUGAGUUCACAAAUUCGACAGAACUUCCACCAGGACUGCGAGGCUGCAGUAAACCGACAGAUCAACCUGGAGCUGUAUGCUUCAUAUGUUUAUCUCUCCAUGGCAUACUACUUUGACAGAGACGAUAAGUCUCUACCAAAUUUUGCCAAGUUUUUUAAAACGCAGUCAAAGGAGGAACGUGAGCAUGCCGAGAAGCUGAUGGGUCUGCAGAACAAUCGUGGAGGCAGAAUCUUUCUUCAGGACAUCAAGAAACCAGAUAGAGACGAGUGGGGGAGCGCUCUGGAGGCUCUGGACUGUGCUUUGCAGCUGGAGAAAAGUGUAAACCAAUCUCUGCUGGAUCUGCAGAAAAUGGCGACCGAACACGACGAUCCUCAUAUGUGUGACUUCAUAGAUACACAUUUCCUGGAUGAGCAGGUGAAAUCCAUCAAACAGCUGGGCAACUGGAUCUCAAACUUGCGUCGUAUGGGAGCCCCUCAGAACGGCAUGGCUGAGUACCUCUUUGACAAACACACCAUGAGCGAGGAGGCCAGUUAAACUACUCCAUCUCAGCCACAAACAUGCAUAUAAAAGUUGUUGUUUUAUUUAUGCUUGUCAUCCACAUGCAGAAUACAAAUAUUCAUGUGUGGUCCUGCAACAUGUGCUUCAGCUUUCACUACAGCUAUCAUAUAUUCAUGCUUAUCUAUAUUUCACUGAUCUUGGCAAUAGGGGUAGACCGAUAUAUCGGGCCGAUGUUUAGCGUUUUGGUACAUUGGCCAAUAUUAGUAGUCCUUAGUAAAACCGAUUUAAAGUCAGGCACAUGCUUGGGCUGCCCGGUGCAGUUGCAGAAUUAACUAAUAACAUCUGCAUUAUAAGUACUCUAAAUUAACUUUGUUCAGGUGUCUGACUUUAACACUGCCCAGUGCACAAAGUAAAACUUGAACAGUUAGUUAAAUUCAGAGUUAAAAAAAAGCUGAUCCAGCUACAGAUAUUGUGUUCAUCAACUGAUGUUAUUAGUGACAUUUUAGCAUGAAAAUAAGGGGGAAAGUAUCGCGGUUUGGGCCACUGGCUGACCAUGUCUCUUACUUAUCGGUAUCGGCAAUAGAAAAACCAAUAUCGGUCGACCUCUACUUGGCAGUGAUUAAGUUAGUGCUUCACUUUGAAGAUUAAUUUAUUAAACUCGACUCUGCCACAAUAAAUAUUUCCAGGUUUUAACAUUUCAGGUUCAUUGUUACACCAUAACGUGGUUUAAUUCUAUCUAUCAAUAUAGCCAAAACCUUCAAUUAGACUUAUGUGUGUGUAUAUGUAUAUAUAUAUAUAUAUAUAUAUAUAUAUAUAUAUAUAUAUAUAUAUAUAUAUAUAUAUAUAUAUAUAUAUAUAUGUAUAUAUAUAUGUAUAUGUAUGUAUGUAUGUAUAUAUGUAUGUAUAUAUUAUAUAUAUAUAUGUAUAUAUUAUAUAUAUAUAUAUGUAUAUAUUAUAUAUAUAUAUAUAUAUAUGUGUGUGUGUGUGUAUAUAUAUAUAUAUAUAUAUACACACACACAUAUACAUAUAAUGAAUUACAAGCCAGGAAAUCAAAUAAAAAAUACCACAGCAAAGUCAUACACACAUUAUAAUAGUUGAAAAUUUUGUUAAUUUUUUUGCUUUAUGUUUUGUUUAUAUUUGAAGAAUCUUUACAAUGGCUGCAGUUGUUUGUUUAGAGUUUUCUACACUGACGUGGUCAAGAAAUGAAACAUGAUUAAGCCAGAUUUUCAGAUGAAGAUUAAACACAGUGUUUGACAUUUUUUUUUGUCAAGUUAUUUUUGUUUGAAAGUGUUAAUUUUGUAUUUUUUAACAUGAACAAUUGUACCUACAGUAUUCUUGUAUCAUGAUGGAAAUAAAACAAUGAUAUACAAUUA